AGUGUCAGCAAAGGCUAGGUCUUAAAGUGAUUCUAAAGCUUUAUUUUUUUUUUAAGAAAAAAUAACAAACAUGUCUAGACUUACCUGCUGUGUGCAGUUGUUUUGCACAGAGAAGCCUGGAUCCUCCUCUUCUUGGGUCACCCGUAGGCUCUCCUGGCCCCUCCCUCCUAUCAGGUGCCCCCACAUCAAGCAGCUUGGUAUGGGGGCACUCGCUGCUCCAUGUGUCCAUUCACACAUGGAGCCACGGCUCAGCCCCGCCCCCUCUUUCUUCUCAUUGGCUUACUGGCUGUGAUCGACAGCAAUGGGAGCCAAUGACUCCCGCUUCUGUCUCAGCCAAUGAGAAGAGGGAGUCCCGGGAUAGCCAAGACUCCAGUGCACAUCGCUGGAUCUCGAGGGGGCUUAAAAUGCAUGAAGGUAAAAAAAACCUUGAGACUUCAGAACCACUUUCA